UCCAACGAUGAAGUUCUUAGCUCUGUUCGCUUUCCUGCUCCUCGCUUUUAUCGCCGUCCAGGCUACCCCUGGUCAUGGUGGUGGUCCUAGUGCAGGUGCUGGGGGUGGUGGUGCCUCAGCCACUGCCAAUGCUAAUGCUCAGGCUGUGAGCUCAGGAAAUGGAGCCGCUUCUGCCACUGCCAACGCUGCUGCCACUUCCCAGGGCGGUGCCGAUGGCAGUAAAAGACGCGGUUAAAUUGAGAGCUUUCAAGGAUCGACAUGGAACAGACCUGGAUACGAAGCUACUGCAAAAAGUGGGCGCGUUCCGGGACGGGCCUCCACUGGUAAAGCAUUAUCGAAAUACGAGUAACAUUUGAAUAAAAAAUAUUUUUUGCGAAUCUA